AUGGUAGCAAGACGAUUCUCAGUGCAGGAGCUUCUGCUCGCUGUCCUACUAGCUCUGGUGGUCUGCAGCUCGUUCUCGUCGGCAGCCAAAUGCACGUACAAGAAGAAGGCAUCGAACACUCCGGUCGUCACGCCUGCGACCGAGGACACUGGAGGCUCCGCUGUAGAAGAAGCCGCUCCAAUGACUGAGGCUCCUACGGAGACUGGAGACGUCUCCCAAUUCACAACUCCAGCACCAGAGACCGAGUCGAGCAGCUUUGGCCAGGGAAGCUCCUUCCCGACGCAGGCCUCCGGCGAGAGCAGCUCUACCGCUCAAACGGAAGGCAGCUCUACCGCCCAGACCGAAGGCUCGUCGGGCGACGUCACCCAGACGGACUCGAACUCCACUUCGGCAGGCGACCACGCCAGCUUCGGAAAGGUGACGUCGAGCGGCAAGUGUGUCAAGGGCGACCCCACCACGUACGUGACCCGCGAGGACGUGGACUGGGUCUGGAAGAACACGAUGGAGAGCUACGUGCCGCCGUUCAAGAACCUCAUCUUCGACCAGCUCGUGACCAACAAGGGCAAGCUCACGUACUGCGUCCGCUGGGACAACAACAAGAAGCUCACCAAGGCAGUGGCUUCCAAGUUCGAGGCCAUGUUGGAGAAGCAGAUGAAUCUGUGGAACCGCUGGCUCGUGGGAUACGAGUGCUGGCCCAUUAACAAGAUCGAGAUCUCGAUCGUGGGCUACGCUGUGCGCGACAAGUCCAUCAUGGACUGGAGCGACGACUCGCUGGGUACGAUCUACGAGGGCAUCUUGGAUGACGAAGGAAGUCCCAAGUGCCCCGAUGAGUGCUACAAACACCAGGGCCAAGCUGCCAGUGCCGACACUAGUGGUUGCAAGGGCAAGCCCUUCGACAUGUCGCUGUGGCCGUCGACCAAGCCUGGCGAGGGAGCUAUUGGCACGGGCGGCGACUGGGGCCAGCGUGUUGAGGUGAAUGAUAUGCUGGCCACUAUGGACCAGAGCGACAUGAUGGUGUUAUUGCACGAAAUGGGUCACGGCUUCGGGCUGCCCGAAAUGUACGUGGACAAGAACAAACCCGCGGGCUACCCGUCCUGUGUCAUGGACAACGACCUGAAGCUUACCGAUGGCGAUGGAUGGCUGCUGCGCAGUGUGCUUGAGAACAUCAAGACUCGCUACAGCUUUGGCAAGUAG